CCCGGAAAGGCUACCCCCCACAAAGAAAAGGUACUCCAACUCCAAGGCAAACUCAGAGUCACAGCAGAACAGAAAGACCCCCUAAAAAGGUCGAAAGGCGAAAGCAGUAAUGGCGGAAAAAGAAGAAGAAGAGGAAGAAGAAGAACAAGGACAACAAGAGGAAGUGAAGAAGCUUGUGUGUACCUACCUUGGCCUGACCUUCUCAGUCUCGCUGGCAUUGCUUCCCAGGAAAGCACUGUCUCUAGUUCCGGCCCUGGAAACCCGAGCCCGCGACCUCUCCUGGAGGCUCUUGCAAGCGGAGGAGCAGCUGAGGCAGAUGAAGUUCCGGAGAAAGGAGGACUCCAAGGCCAACGCGCGGGUGGUGGAGAUCUUCGCCAGCCACAGGAACGCGUGGCAGGCGGAGGAGAGGCGGAUGCUGCAGCGGAUCCAGGAGCUAGGGGAGAGGAUGGUGGAGCUGGAGAAGAGGGAGGCCGACUACAAGGCGCGCGUGGAGGAGCUGGAGAGGGAGGUGGCCGAGAGGGACGAGAUGAUUAGCUUCAUCUCCAGGACCGCCAGGGGUGCUCGUCACGAGUUUGGUGAGGACGAGGAAGAAAGUUCGGGUGAUGCGAAUGUUGUUUAUGGUGGUGCCGGUGUGGACUCACAUCAGCAGCACAACAAUGGCUUCGAUUCGGAGUUGGUCGCGUCCUCGGCUUCCAAGUUUUGGGCGGAAAGAGCUAGUCUCUGCCAGGAUGUACAGUAUGAAUCCCUGGAAUCCUUGUAUCAUAGGAAGCAUUUUGUACCAAGAAGGGAAUCCCCUUGGAAGCUAGAUGGUGAAGCAACAGGAGUUUCCUCUAAACUAAAAUUACUUGAACAGGAACUACUGAAUUUGGUAAAAGUUGGUAAGAGUGAGGAAUCAAAAUUACCAUCUCUAAUGAGGAAGCAGGCAAAACGAUAUCAAGCACUUGCAGGGAAGAUUGAUGAUCUAUGCCGAAGAAUGGCUAGUGAUCCCUGUGAACCAACCGUCAGUCCAGAGUUUCGAAUGCAAAGGCAAACAGAGUUUUUACUUGAAGGACUUAGACUUCAGCAGCGUGCAUCAGAAACUGGACAGAAGCUGAUGGCUUUACAAAGUGAAGUUGGGAAGAGUUAUUAUGGGGAGGAGCUGGGGAGCCAGGCCAAACUGACCACAAGGAGAUCUUUGGACUCCAUUAGAAACAACUUGAAGGAAAUCCAGAGAAAUUUGGAGAUAUGGUUGGCCAGAAUCAUAGGAGAUCUUGAAGGGAUUGUGGCAAGAGAUGGCGCUUCUCGUGUAAGAGAAUAUUAUAUUUCUAGAUAUCCUUUUGUUCAAUAGAAUCGAUCCUCUACUGAAAUAUAUGCUCUUUUGGUAUCAAAUGAUCUAUAACCUAUAAAGUGACAGUUAGAUGUCUAAUGUAAAUGAUUUGGUUCCACUCUGUUUUAUGGUAGCAUCUUAAUGUAGUGCUAGCUAGAUCUUCAAUUUCAUAAUGUAGCCAACACAUAAUUGAAAUAGUCAGAAGAGAGUCACGUUCCAAUUUUAUUUUUUAAUUUAUUUUUUAUUAUUAUUUUUUGAUACU